AACUAUAACUACUGCAGAGCAGUUACUGACAGACAGUGAUUUCCCACUGGGCAUACAUUCACAGAAAAUAACACUUUAAUGGAGGGCACUGGUGAUAAAAAGCAUCAGUCCAUUCUUAACCAAGGAGAAGAAAAUGAGAUGGAAAUAUUUGGUUAUAGAGAACAACCAUACAGAAGAUUCCUCUGUGUUCUUGGAUAUAUAUUUACCUGUGGGUUGCUUUGGUUUAUUUUCUACUGGAAGCCUGAAUGGCAUGUAUGGGCACAUUGUAUUCCAUGCUGCUUGGAAGAUGCUGACGCUAUGUUGCUGAAAACAACAGAUGAAUUUGAAAAAUAUUUUAGGAAGAGGGUGACAUGGAUUCAACUUCAGAAUCUGAAUAUAUCACGGAAUACUACUGCACAGCCACUGAUUGCUGAUGGAAAGUCUAUCAUUAACAAGGCUAUUCGAAAAACAGAUCUGAAGGUUAAGCUGAUCAAAGUUCAGAAAAUCUGUUAUGUCUGGGAUGGAGAGGAACAACAGUUUCAUAGAGUAGGGGUUCUUGAGGACAACCUUACCUGCUAUGACAUUCAUUCAAAAUUUGCUUCUGGGUUAACAACUGGAGAGCAGACCAUCAGACAAUCUAUUUGUGGACCCAAUGCCAUUGAAGUUGACAUUGAACCAAUCUGGAAAUUACUGUUCAAAGAGGUUUUAAAUCCUUUCUAUGCCUUUGAAAUGUGUAGUUUGGCCGUUUGGUUGGCUGUAGGCUUUAUAGAAUAUUCCAUUGCUGUUAUUAUCAUGACCCUCGUGUCCAUCAUUUUUACAGUGCAUGAUCUUAGAAAGGAAUCUGUAAAGCUUCAUAACCUGGUGGAAUCCAACAACAGUAUCAAGGUGACCACACGGCAAAAAAACGGAGAAUGUAAGGAAGUAGAAUCCCGCUGCUUGGUACCGGGUGACGUAAUUGUUCUUACGAGGAAGAAACUUUUCCUUCCAUGUGAUGCCAUUCUCAUCACUGGAGGAUGCAUUGUGAAUGAAAGCAUGCUGACAGGUGAAAGCAUCCCUGUCUCCAAAACACCUCUGCCUCAUAUUGAUCAUACUAUGCCAUGGAAAAUGCACAGUGGAGAGGACUUUAAAAGACAUGUACUUUUUUGUGGAACGGAAGUGAUUCAGACCAAGACCACAGGUCAGGGACAAGUAAAGGCUGUUGUCCUACGAACUGGAUUUAAUACUGCUAAAGGUGAUCUGGUUAGAUCCAUCUUGUAUCCAAAACCAAUGAAUUUUAAAUUAUACCGAGAUGCCUUCAGAUUUCUUAUGGUUCUUGCAACUGUAGCCAUUAUUGGAACGAUCUACACAGUGGCCGUUUUUAUCCUGCAAGGGGAAUCUCCCACUGAAGUUUUGAUAAAAGCCUUGAUCAUUAUCACUACGGCUGUGCCUCCAGCCUUGUCAGCAGCCCUAUCUACAGGGAUCAUGUAUGCUCAGAGAAGGCUCAAAAGCAAGGGGAUUUUCUGCAUUAGCCCUCAAAGAAUAAAUGUGUGUGGAAGGUUAAAUAUUGUCUGCUUUGAUAAGACAGGAACGUUGACUGAAGAUGGAUUGGAUGUGUGGGGUGUUCUUCCUUCCCAUGGAAACUGUUUCCAGGAGGUGCACAGUUUCACAUCUGGUAGCACUUUGCCAUGGGGACCAUUGGUUGGAGCUUUGACAAGUUGUCACUCAUUGGUUGCUAUUGAUGGAACAAUCCAAGGAGAUCCAUUGGAUCUGAAGAUGUUUGAAGCUACACACUGGGAAGUGGUACAGUCAGCUACAGAAAAUAAUGACAUUUCAUCAUCCAGCCUUAUUGUUAAGCCAGGAAAAGGAACAAGCGUGGGUCCAUCUGAAGGAAUCACAAUUGUCCACCAGUUUCCAUUUUCUUCCAGCCUGCAGAGAAUGUCUGUAAUCACUCAAGAAGUUGGUCAGGAAAAAUAUGUUGUGUUUAUGAAAGGAGCGCCUGAGAUGGUGAUGAAGUUUUGCAAAGAGGAAAGUGUUCCUAAAGGAUUUAUCCAAGAACUUCAGUAUUAUACAAUGAAAGGUUUUCGUGUUAUUGGCCUUGCCUACAAAACUUUAGAUCAGAAGAUUGCAGCAGAUGGCAACUUUAUUAGGGAGGAUAUUGAAUCAGAUCUGGAAUUCCUUGGCUUGCUUAUAUUAGAAAACCGACUGAAACCAGAAACAAAUCCUGUUUUGCAAGAGUUGAGCGCUGCCAACAUCAGGACAGUCAUGAUUACAGGGGACAACUUACAAACCGCCAUAACAGUAGCAAGAACAUCCGGCUUAAUUCCAGCAAACAGCAAUGUAAUUCUUGUAGAAGCUGAAGAACCAAGUGGAGUGAGUUCAGCAAAGAUUUCCUGGCAUCCAGUAGAAGGACUUGAUCAAAGUUCAGAGGAUAUGACAGUGUCUGUUAACAUUGACAUCGAAGGUAGAACAAUUUUAGAGGAGGCCCAGGGGAACUAUCAUUUUGCUAUGAGUGGAAAUACUUAUCAAGUUGUUUUACAUCACUUCCAGAGUUUAAUGCCAAAACUUCUGGUGAAUGGAGCCAUCUUUGCAAGAAUGUCACCAGGACAAAAAUCCAGUCUGAUCGAGGAAUUCCAAAAACUAGAUUACUAUGUGUGCAUGUGUGGUGAUGGAGCCAACGAUUGUGGAGCGCUAAAAGUGGCCCAUGCUGGUAUAUCUCUUUCUGAGCAAGAAGCAUCUGUUGCCUCUCCAUUCACAUCACAUACUCCUAACAUAGGAUGUAUUCCACAAUUGAUCAAGGAAGGACGAGCGGCCUUGAUCACCUCUUUCUGUGUUUUCAAGUACAUGACACUUUAUGCGAUGAUCCAAUUUGUUUGUCUACUUCUACUAUAUUGGCAAAUUAAUAUUCUUUCCAACUAUCAGCUCCUUGUUCAGGAUGUGGCUGUGACUAUAGUUGUCUGCUUAACAAUGAGCCUAAACCAUGCGUACCCCAAACUAGCUCCAUAUCGACCUCCAGCCCAGCUCAUGUCACCCCCUCUCUUGUUGUCCGUUAUGAUGCAUGUCCUUUUCACUAUAGUAAUACAAGUCUAUGGCUUCAUUGUUGUCCAGCAGCAACCUUGGUACACAGAAAACCCUGACACCACUUGCAGUUACGGGAAUGCUAGUCUUCUGAAUAUCAGUGCACUGAACUACAACACGAAUGUAAAUACAUCCUCAAGCUUUCAGCUGAAUAUGAGCCAUAAAAGCUAUGAGACGACAACCUUGUGGCCGCUGACUACUAUCCAUUGCAUAAUAGUGGCUUUUGUUUUCUCCAAAGGAAAGCCUUUUCGACAGCCAAUAUAUACCAACUAUGCAUUUUCUGCUGUAUUGGUGGCCCAGGUGGGAAUCUGUAUUUUCCUGUUAUUUGCUGACAUACAGAGUAUAUACAAUGUAUUGGAGAUUGUGUGCACACCAACGUCUUGGAGAGUCAACAUUUUUAUCACCCUGGUUAUCACGGUUGCUGUCUCAGUCUUAAUUGAAGAGUUCAUCAUAGAGAACAGAAAGCUUUGGCUCAUCAUGAAGAGAUUUAUAAACUAUAAAUCAAGAAGUAAAUAUAGAACAAUUAUAAGAGCCAUUGAGAUGGAUCAAACCUGGCCACCUAUCAACCGAACCUACUGUACAAAACCUGUCAUCAGACUAACAAAUGAAAAAAGUGAAGUCUACAGCAAUCCAGCCUAUGAGCACAAUGAAAUGCUCAAGUAACUUUAUUAGAUCCAUGGGAUGUGUCAUCAAGUUGAAUACAAAUAGCUCAUCUACAAUACAUUCCCCGACUUUUUGUACAUUGUACUGAAGAAACUGACACAGAACUUGUUAGGAUCGUGUCCCACUGAUGGAAAUGGAAUGUAAAGAUACUGCAGCUAGCAAGAAGUGGAAAAACAUGUACUGCUAUGUAAUCUACACUAUUGUUUGUG